AUGUCUGAAAAUAUGAUUUAUACGGGAGCUGUCCACGCUGUGAAAGAUGUCUGGGAAAAGAGAAUAAAGAAACACAGCGAUGACCUGAAUCGAGAGAAGGAAUUUCAGCAAAAGCUAGUGAAAAUAUGGGAAGAAAGAGUAAAUUUAACCAAGCUGAAAGAAAAGGUUACUAGAGAAGAUGGAAGAGUAAUUUUGAAAAUAGAAAAUGAGGAAUGGAAGACCCUUCCUUCUUCUCUGCUGAAACUGAAUCAGCUCCAAGAAUGGCAGCUUCAUAGAACUGGCUUGUUGAAAAUUCCCGAAUUUAUUGGAAGAUUCCAGAGUCUCAUUGUGUUAGAUUUAUCUCGAAACACGAUUUCAGAGAUACCUCGGGGAAUUGGAUUGCUUACUAGACUUCAGGAAUUGAUUCUUAGUUAUAAUAAAAUCAAGACUGUCCCCAAGGAACUAAGUAAUUGUGCCAGCUUGGAAAAACUAGAACUUGCUGUCAACAGAGAUAUAUGUGAUCUUCCACAAGAGCUCAGCAAUUUGUUAAAACUUACUCAUCUUGAUUUGAGCAUGAACAACUUUACCACAAUCCCUCCUGCUGUGUUGAACAUGCCAGCCCUAGAAUGGCUUGACAUGGGAAGCAAUGGCCUUGAACAACUGCCUGAUUCUAUUGGAAGAAUGCAAAAUCUACAUACAUUAUGGCUGCAAAGAAAUGAAAUAACAUGUUUGCCAGGAACCAUGAACAAUAUGAAAAAUCUGAGUACUCUUGUACUCACCAACAAUAAACUACAAGAUAUUCCAGAGUUUAUGGAAGAGAUGACCAACCUGAGGUUUGUCAACUUCAGAGACAACCCACUGAAACUGGAAGUAAUCCUUCCUCCCAGUGAAAACGCAGAUGAAGAGGAGCAGGAAUUAUAUGGACUUCGGUUUAUGAACACAUAUAUACAGGAAUCACGAAGAAAAGCAGAUAACCAAAUCAACAGUCCUACCACUUUACCAAACUCUAUAAAUACUGAAGGAUAA